CACUGAAGAGAGAGGAUAAGCCUCCUGGGUUCAAAUAGAAAAUGGUUGAUCGGGAGAGGGAGUGGAAUUUUCAUCUCAGAUCGUUAUCUUCUAGUGCCAGAGACUCCAAUUUCGCCAACGAUCCUGCCUCCGAUCCUUCUCUCCUCAAUUCCGUGAAGAAGCUUCAUGAAUUUUGUAAAAGCGACAAGUCUGAGGAUUUGAUAGCUAGGGUUUAUCCUCAGCUUAAUAGAAUUUUUCAACGCUCCGUGUCUGCGAUUUCUCAGUCUCGUACCUCAAAUGGCAUUCUUUUACUGGUAAUACUUUGUUCCAUGUCUUUAAUUUAUUCCUUGGCACUGGCAGAUAUGUGGUAUUAUAGCCAUACUGUUCAUGGUUUCUCUUGUUUUGUUGUUGCUCAGGCCAUUCUUCAAUUCUUUCUUGAUUUUGGAGAUGUAGUUCUACAUGAUGCCGAUCCUAAUUUAAGGACAUUUUUUCGUUCAUGCUUGAGCCGGUAA